AUGUCCAGGAACCCCACCAUAAAGCGCAUCCUCAAGGAAGCUGCCGAGCUCGCGAAUAAUGCAUCUGCAGACUUUCACGCGGUACCUAUGGAUGACAACCUGUUCGAUUGGCAUUUCACACUACGAGGACCACCCGACCCCUCUCCGUAUGCCGAAGGCAUCUAUCACGGCCGCAUAGUGCUGCCAUCGGCAUACCCGCACCGCCCUCCCUCUUUUCGCUUUCUCACCCCAUCCGGGCGCUUCGAAAUCAAUCGUGAAAUCUGUUUGAGCAUAAGUGGCUUCCAUGAGGAGUCAUGGCAGCCGGCAUGGGGCAUAAGGACAGCACUUGUCGCAAUACGAAGCUUCAUGGACACAGUCUCUGCAGGCCAGGUUGGUGGGCUAGAGUGUGAUGCAAGUACGCGAAAAAGGAUGGCAGAGGAUUCAAGGAGUUGGAAGUGCCCAGCGUGUGGACAUACGAAUGAGGAGAUCAUGAAAGAGAGGGAGAAGCUUGCGGGGCCGACUGGGGAUCAGGCCAAGAAGGAUGAUGAUGUUGUGCCAGAAGAGCUGAGGCUAGCAUAUCGUGAAGACCUAGGAGCCGACGCGAAGAAGACAGAGUCGAAGGGCAAAGAGAAGGUAACGGAGCCGGAAGCUCCAGCUCCAGCAGCCGUUCCAGCAGAUUCCUCAAUACCACCUACGCAAUCCACAGUAGAAUCAGCACCUCCAUCAAGAAUGGAAACUACAAGAUCUCCGCCCUCCCUUCAGGCCCGGCCAAUCCAAGUCCCGCCGACCCAGACAACGCAUGCCACGACCCAACAACGCCAGGCAGCGCAAGCGACACCGCAAAACGCCAACAGGGCUGUCCCAGCGUGGGUAGACCCUGCAAUAUACGCCCUCAUAGCCAUCCUGGCAUAUCUGAUUCUGAAAAAGAUGGGUUGA